GCAGCUCACAUGAACAAGGUGUGAGCCUAUCAGCCCUGCCUUUGGAAUGGCCCCGGAUGUCCUCUGCCAUCCUACUCCGAGGCCCCGGGAGUAUUUAUAAUGCCCGGCUGGCUUCCUCCCCUCCAGGUACAUCCCAAGACUCCUUCCACCUCGUGCAGAAGACCCUUGGAGUCUGUACUUCAGCUCUGCUUUCAGAGGCCCUCAAGGGGCUGCUCUGCCUGCUGGCUCAGCUCCAUGAGAGCCAUGGUAAAGGGAGUAUGGGUGUAUCGCUGGCAGCGGCAGCAGGUGAGGCAGAGCAGAGUAUGCGGCGAGAGGAGCCUAUGAAGGGAUUCCUGCGGUCCCCAGAAUCCUGCUCUGCCCUGGAUUUCAAUUUGUUGAAAUGAGCAGUCGUAAAUCAAAGAGUAACAACUUAAUACAAGCAGAAUACCUUUCGCGGGUACAAAGAAUUUUACGUGAAAGAUUUUGUCAUCAGAGUCCACAUAGUAACCUAUGUGGAGUACAAGUACAAUAUAAACACUUAAUUGAGCUGCUGAAAAGAACUGCUAUCCAUGGAGAAAGUAACUCUGCUCUCAUUAUUGGACCCCGAGGAUCAGGAAAGACCAUGUUAAUAAACCAUGCUUUGAAAGAACUAAUAGAAGUAGAAGGGAGUGAAAAUGUAUUACAAGUUCACUUAAAUGGACUGCUGCAGAUCGAUGAUAAAAUUGCCCUAAGGCAGUUAAAUCUGGAAACUGUAGUUGGAGAUAAAGUUUUUGGAAGCUUUGCUGAAAACCUUUCAUUUCUUCUGGAAGCUUUAAAAAAAGGUGACUGGACUAGUAGUUGCCCAGCGAUCUUCAUGUUAGAUGAAUUUGAUCUUUUUGCUCAUCAUAAAAACCAAACGCUCCUCUAUAAUCUUUUUGAUAUUUCUCAGUUUGCACAGACUCCAGUAGCAGUUAUUGGUCUUACACGUAGAUUGCAUAUUUUGGAACUCUUAGAAAAAAGAGUGAAGUCACGAUUUUUCCACUGGCAGAUACACUUAAUGAAUUCAUUUGGUUUGCCACAGUAUCUUAAAAUAUUUAGAGAACAAUUAUCUCUAUCUGCAGUAUUUCCAGACAAGAUUUUCACUGAGAAGUGGAAUGAGAAGGUUCAGAGUCUCUCAGAAGAUAGAAGUGUGCAAGAAGUGCUGCAGAAGCAUUUCAAUGUCAGCAAAAACCUGCGGUCAUUACACAUGCUACUGAGGCUUGCUUUAAAUCGCGUAACACCAUCACAACCAUUUAUGACUGCAGCAGAUCUGAUGGGGGCAAACCAGCUGUGUAGCGUGGACUCUAAAGCAAAUAUUGUACGUGGUCUGUCGGUCUUGGAAAUCUGUCUUAUCAUAGCAAUGAAACAUUUAAAUGACAUCUAUGAAGAGGAGCCCUUUAAUUUUAAAAUGGUUUAUAAUGAGUUUCAGAAGUUUGUUCAAAGGAGGGCCCAUUCUGUUUAUAAUUUUGAGAAACCUGUUGUCAUGAAGGCUUUUGAACACUUACAACAAUUAGAAUUAAUAAGGCCCCUGGAAAGAACAUCAGUAAAUGCACAGAGGGAGUACCGGCUGAUGAAACUACUUCUGGAUAACACACAAAUUAUGAAUGCUUUGCAGAAAUACCCUAACUGUCCUACAUAUGUUAGGCAGUGGGCAACAUCCUCCUUAAACUGGUUAUAAAUAUAACCAUGGCUUCAGUUAUGGAGUUUCAGGCAUACUUCUCUAAAGAACUAAAAGCUAUUGUCCUUUAACAAGAUAUGUUACUAUGUUUUCCUAUAUUUAUAAAGAUGUAUUUUUGUAUUUAUGGAGACUGUUACAUAUGCAGUAUCAUGGCUGUGCCUUGCCUUUGAAUCACAAGCAGUUACAUGAUUUAUAAUUCCAGUGACUUAGAUUAUUUUGUAAGUAGCUGUUCAAAAAAAUAAGUAUGACUCUUUUAGGGAUUGAACCACAUGCUUAUUUAACAUUUGUGAAGUAUUUAUGUGGUACAUUUGAAGAGUUCAUUUCAACCCAGCAGCCAGAUGUUUUAACAAUCCUUAAAACAGUAAAGAAACAAUGGUAAGAGUUGAGGUGUAAUGAGUAAUCUUUUGGUCCAUUGGGAGGUGCUGCAGUUUUUCUGUAUUCAUGGAAAUUUGGGUUUCUGUCCCAGACCAAGGUCUUCUAGUUCAGGAGACUGAUCAGUUUGGCUAGAAGAUGGUUCACAUGGAAGAAAAAAGCCAAAAGUUUGAACAUUUUCUUCCAGACUUCUUAAAAUAUGGUACUCAUACCAUCUACAGAAGAAUCUUUUGUAGGAGGUUUUUAAAUACAGAUUUUUGGGCCUCUUCUAGGGACUAGCAUUUGUCUUUCUAACAGGCACUUUACGAAAUUCCUGUAAAACCACUCCCACAAAUAAUGGAAAGUGUGUGACAGUGUUAACUAAAUCUAUUUGUAACAAAAAGUAGACCCCUAUGAGGAAUGUGGAAAUGUCAAAGCAUUACCUUAUAAAUUCAGGAAUCCAUGAACUAAUACUGGUAUAUGUUUGCUUGUUUAUUUAUUUAUUUUUAUUUUGGCAGCAAUGGAUCUUCAAUGCGAGGCGAGCAUGCAGGUUCAGUAGUUGCUGCGUGAGGGCUUAGUUGCCCGGAGGCGUAUGGAAUCUUAUGGAAUCUUAGUUACCCGACCAGGGACUGAACCCGCGUCCCCUGCACUGGAAGGCGGAUUCUUAACCACUGGACCACCAGGGAAGUCCCUGGUAUAUGUUUAAAGUGAAAUUUAAUAAGCAUUCAUUAAGUGUUGUGACUUCAUUUAUUCAAGAAUAUUUGAUUGCCUAUUCCUUUCAUGGAAGGUUUACAGAAGAGAGAGUCCCUAUCCUUGUGCAGUUUGUAAUCCUUUUAACUGUCGAAGACCCAAUGAUAUUUAGUUACUGUUGUUUACAGGUGAGAAAACUAACACAGUAGUGGCCCUGUCCAGAGGAUUGACAGACCCUGGAAUUCAACUCAUUUCGCUGACACCAAAGCUCAGUAACGUGUUCCUUACCAUGUAUUUUUAAAAGUGUACUCUAAGAAAUUAUUUACUUGGUUUUGAAGAAGUAUUGCGUUUAGAAUGGAAUAUGAGAUUUCUGUGCAUAAAAAUAGCUCUUCAGUAGUUGCAACCUAUUCUUUGCAUACUUAGGCAUUCUAAGUUUUCAGAUCACUGUCAAUUACUUUUCAGCAGUGUCUCAUGAAAGCUAAGGCUUGCAUCCUGGUUCUAUGCAAUAGUCUAUAGAUUUUUAGGGGACAGUUUGCCAAAAUACUUACCAUGGUAGAUUCACUAUUACUAGAAGCAAGGAUUUUGCACUUGAGCUAAAAUUGUCCCUUUAAAAAUUUUUCUGAACUGUUUUAGGGAAGUACCCUCUGCUUUAAAGGCACUGACCACAAAAGUACCUAAAGAACUGGCUUGAAGACUGCAAAUUUUUAUCAGCUUAAGAUUCCACUAAAAGAUUAAGAGCACUCAUCUGCCUCCCUGUCUCCAUAAGAGCUACAGAAAAUCCAUCAACAUCAGUGAAAGAGCUAUAAAACAAACUAGAAAAAAUAGGUUAGCAAAAGUCAUACAAAUGAAGCACGUGCCUACAUUUCAAAGACAUUUUUUCAGAGAAGGAAUGUUGAUAUUCCCCUUUCCAUAUUCCCUAAU